AUGAUUGAAGAAAAAGAAAUUGAAUAUCAAGACGAAAAAAAUAUAAUAAUUCUUUGCACAAAUUUUGACUAUUAAAAUGGAAUUAGGUAAGUAAGUGCAGCCAUAAUAAAUUAUGACUAAAGAAAAUUCCAAAUAACCGAAUUCCAAGACUCUGAGCAUUUUUCAAACUUCGAAUCUUUAUUAGUAUAAACUAAUCCAUAAGAUUAAUAAACAAAAUUCGUACUCUACAUAAAUUAUCCAGAUUUAUAAACUGAAAAAGAAAAAAUAUAAGAUAUAAUAGGAUAAUGUGAUAUAUAAUCUAUAUAAGAAAGAGAAAAAAAAUAUUUCCUUGAAAAGAAUUAUACUGAAGAUAUAAAUAAAUUAUUAAAAAAGUCUUUAUAAUAACACAUAUAAGAAAGCACAUUAACUUCAGCUUUAUAAUGUUUAAACUGUGCUGUAUUAGAUUAAUAAUUAAGUAAAGAUUAAUCAAACUUCAAAUAAUUUACAUUAGAGAAAUUCGUAUUAAAUAAAUUCAUGAAACUAGAUUUAGCAGCAAUAAAUGCUCUUUUAAUAUUUCCAAAGCAACAAGAUUAAUAUAGAAAAAGUUUAAUGGGAGGAGCAGAGCAAUCAUUUUAAACCCUAGUUGAUUUAUUGGAUAAAUGUAAAACUUAAAUAGGAAGUCGUCUUUUAAGAAGAUGGAUAAGACAGCCUUUAUAAGACGAAGAAGAGAUUAAUAAAAGACUAGAUAUAGUUGAAUAUUUAAUAUAGAAAAAUGAUUUAAGGAAUUAUUUAUAGACUGAUUUUUUAAGAAAAAUAGCUGAUUUAGAUAAACUAUAUGUAAAAUUCUAUAAAGUGGCUUCUAAUAAGAAACAUAAUUGUAACCUUUCCGAUUGUAUAAAAGUCUAUUCUUUAGUCGAAAACAUGAAUUUGCUAUAUUAAUAUUUAGAAAACUAAGAAAAUACCUAAAUUUCUGAAAACUAGCUACUUAAUCCACUUUUCGAGCUUUAGAAUUAAUUCAAUAAACUUUAGAGUAUGAUAAAAUAGUCUAUAGAUCUAGAAAAAGCCAAAAGUUAGAAUGAAUAUAUGGUAAAUCCUAUGUUUUCACCUGCGUUGACUGAAAUAUCUAAAAAAAUGAAGACUAUUUAAAGUGAAAUAAAUUCUCUAAAAUAAGAAUACGCACGAGAAUUGGGUGUAGAAAUAAAAAUUGUAGACUCAAAUACUCAUACAUACCUUUUCGAAGGUAAAAAAAAGGAAACAGAUGAUGCUUUUAGGAGAAAAAACCAUCAAAAAUAUAAAAUUAUAUCUAUGAAAAAAACUACUAUUUUAUAUACUACAGAAGAUUUAUAGUCUUUAGUAGCGGAAUAUAAUUGCAUUAGUGAUGAAUAUACGUAAGAAUAAAAAUAAGUAGUGGAUAAAAUACUCGCUGUAGUCUCUUCUUAUUACCCUGCGAUGGAAAAUGCUAGUUCUUAUAUUAGUUAAUUGGAUGUAUUAUCUACUUUUGCUUAAUUAGUGGUAAAUUCGCCUACAAAAUAUACAAAACCUGAUAUUUAAGUAUAGAAUAACAGAAUUAAUUUAGUCUAGUGUAGACAUCCGUGUUUAGAGGUUGUUGAUAAUAAUUGUGUGCCAAAUGAUUGCUAUAUGGAUAAGGAAAAGAGCAGGUUUCAUAUAAUUACAGGCCCAAACAUGGGAGGAAAAAGUACUUAUAUACGAUAAGUAGCUUUGUGUGUUUUAUUAGCACAUGUGGGUUGUUAUAUUCCUGCAGAAAAGGCAGAAAUGCCUGUUAUAGAUGCAAUUAUUACUAGAGUAGGGGCGAGUGAUAUGUAAAUAAGGGGAAUAAGUACAUUUAUGAGUGAAAUGUUGGAAGCAAGCUGUAUGUUAAAAACUGCUAGUGAAAAAUCACUUAUUAUUAUUGAUGAAUUAGGGAGAGGAACAGCAACUAAUGAAGGAUUUGGAUUAGCUUGGGCUAUUUCAGAAUAUAUAGUUGAGAAAAUAUAGGGCUUUUGCCUUUUUGCAACACAUUUUCACGAAAUGACGAAAAUGGGAAAAGAAAUGAAAGGUGUAGUCAAUUAUUAUGUAGAUUGUGUUGCUGUUAAUAAUAAAUUAACAAUGUAAUAUAGAGUAAAAGAGGGUUUCGC